UGCAUAUUAUGAAAAAGUUGUAUAGAACCAAUGUCUUACACCAAUAUAAGUGAAGAGUACGAACCAUUGGAAGUUAUAGGCAAGGGAUCUUUCGGGACGGUGAGAAAGGUUCGGCUGAAGACUACCGGUAAGCUUCUCGUCAGAAAGGAAAUUGAGUAUACUUCAAUGAAUCCUCAGGAAAGAAACCAGCUCAUAUCAGAACUUAGAAUCCUUCGAGAACUAGACCAUCCCCAAAUCGUCAAGUAUUACCGUCAUGAUCAUAUUAUAGAAAAUAAGCUGAUCCAUAUUUACAUGGAAUAUUGUGAUGGAGGCGACCUUGCUCAGAUCAUCAAUAAUUUCAAAAAAAACAAAGAACAAGUUCCAGAGGAAUUUGUAUGGCAGGUAUUGGUUCAGAUUUUAUUGGCCCUUCAUCGAUGUCAUUACGGAAUAGAUGCAAAAAAAGUGAAUCUAUUCUCGAACUCAAGUGGAAUUGAGCCCAGCAUCAAUUCUGAGACUGUAGUGAUCCAUCGCGAUAUCAAACCAGACAAUAUUUUCAUUUUGAAUUCUGGGAAGUCUAUCAAAUUGGGUGAUUUUGGAUUGGCCAAAAUGUUGACAUCUCAGAACGAUUUUGCAAAGACAUAUGUGGGAACCCCCUACUACAUGUCGCCCGAAGUAUUGAUGGAUAAUCCAUACUCUCCAGUAUGUGAUAUCUGGUCUUUGGGUUGUGUUCUCUUCGAGCUUUGUACGCUUCAACCACCUUUUCAGGCGAAGACCCAUCUACAAUUGCAAACAAAGAUUAAACGAGGGAUCAUUCCUGAAGUUCCGGAAAUAUACUCGUCGCAACUAAGGUCUAUAAUAAAAGAAUGCAUUACAGUAGAGCCAGAGGCACGUCCCUCUUGUUUUGAAUUGUUAGAGACCUUAUCGAUCAAGUUCCUUAGAAAAGAAAUGGAGAUAAAAGAGACGAGUUCAAAUCUCAACGAAUUUCAGAAGCAAUUGCUUAAAAAAAAUGAUGAAUUGAAGAAAAAGGAAAGUUUUUUACUAAACUUGGAGGCUAAGAUAAUGAGGCAAAGGGAUGAAUUGGAAGACGAAUACGAAAACAUGCAAAUAAAAUGCAAUGCCCAAAAGAAGCUCCUCGAGGAAGAAUUAAUUGGUGAGUUCGAAAUGAGAAAACGAGCCAUGGAUUUGGAAGCAAAAGAGGUACGUUUGGGAUAUCAAAGAGAGUUCAGGUUGGUGGUAGAACAAGAAGUUCAACAGCGUGUCAAAGACAUCCUUGCCAAGCAACAAUACUCUUCUGAUCUCCGAAGAAAGUCUUCUGAUCCAACCUCCAAUUCGCCUAUUAAACAGCAAACUCCAACAUCGACGCCACAACUUAAGAGCCACUCAUAUCAUAACCAGCAGUAUUCGACUACUGAUCAACAAUUAUCGCCAUUAAAACCAAAGGGACCUAGAGAUUUAGAUGAUACUCAGAAGAGAGUACCUCUUAAAAACCGCAAUAAUGAUGACCAUGACCCUUAUUAUUCACAUCAGAUGAAGUCUCAAUCGCCUUCUAGAAAUGCUCAAGCUAUUUAUCAAAAACGGGUCACUGAUGAGUUUGAGAGAUUGAGCUUGGAAAGAAGACAAAUUCCUGAAAUUGAAGACUCUUAUUCUCGAAAGAAUUUUAGACACUAAAUACUGCAUUGAUUUUAUUCAUGGCUUCUCUGGGGAGGAUAUAGGGGCGACUAACGAUCGAAUAAUAUGAUUUCUUUUUUAAUAU